ACCAUAGAUAAAAAAUUACGGAGAACGAAAAAAGUCAACAUUAGUCAGAACACCGAUAAUUAUGCCGGUUUUUCACUUUACUAUUUUUUUUAAUUUUUAGAAAGAUAAGAUCAUGGCAGAAAAACUGUUCUUAGAGGACUAUGCUACUCUCGGGGUCUACUUUGUUAUUGUUCUAGCCGUCGGAUUAUGGUCGACAUUUAGACCGAACAAGGGUAAUGCCAAGGGUUACUUUCUUGCUGGGAAAAGCAUGCACUGGAUACCAAUUGGGGCCUCUAUCUAUGCCAGUAACAUAGGAGCUCCGAUGUUCAUUGGGCUGGCUGGUUCUGCCGCAGGCUCUGGUAUCGCCGUAACUAUAUACGAAUGGCAU